AUGGCAGAAACUGUUGUCUCUUUUGUUUCAGAUCAUCUCGCAACCUUACUCCGAGAGGAGGGAAGCCUAUUAGGAGGGCUUCGACAAGAGGUCGAACUCAUCAAGGAUGAGUUGGGGCAUAUGAGAGCUUUCCUCAAAGUGGCUGAAGCAAAAGAAGAUGAUGAUCCCAGGCUCCAAGAAUGGAUCAAGCGAGUGCGCGAAGCUGCUUAUGACAUUGAAGAUGUUCUCGAUGAAUUUGUACUUCGCUUUGCUGGCUACCGACAUCAUGGAUUCUGUGGCUCUCUUCAGAGAAUUCUCAAAGCCAUUAAGAGCUUGCGAGCUCGUCAUCAGGUUGCCAGUGAAAUUCAAAGCAUAAAGUCCAGGAUCAAAAAUAUUUCAGAAUUACGUCGGAGAUACCAAGAUGAAUUUGGCAUCGACCACCGUGUCACUGGAUCUUCAACCAUGAACGACUCACGGCGCUAUAGCAGGGAUGAUGCACUUCUAGUGAAGGAAGCAAAAUUGGUUGGCAUUGACCAGCCCAAACAACAUCUGAUUUCUAAGCUUCUCGAGGUGCACGAUCACCAACUCAAAGUUAUUUCAGUGGUUGGUAUGGCUGGACUAGGGAAAACUACCCUAGUCAAAAAAGUCUAUGAAGAUCCAGAAGUUAGAAAGAAUUUCCCAGUUCGUGCCUGGGUAACCGUCUCUCAAACAUGCGACUUCCCAAAGCUCCUGAGAGACUUGAUUCGGCAGUUGAACAAGGACUUCGACAAAUCAGUCCCACAAUCGAUCGAGUCCAUGACUACCGCUGAGCUGAAAGAAUUUGUCAAAGAUUUUCUUCGACGAGCUGGAAGGUAUGCAAUUGUGUUUGAUGACGUGUGGGACGUGGAAUUUUGGAAUGAAAUCAAAUUUGCACUACCUGAGGGUAACUACGGCAAUCGUGUCAUGCUGACAACACGAAAUGCCGAUGUAGCCCCUGCCUCUUGCACAGAAUCUCAGGAUUAUGUCUACAAAAUGGAGCCACUAUCAAUUGAAGAUUCGUGGACCCUAUUUUGCAACAAGAUCUUUAAAGGAAAUCGUUGCCCCGCCCACCUGAUGGAUGUUGCGAAAGCUGUAUUGGACAAAUGUGACGGUUUGCCUUUGGCGAUUGUUGCGAUCGGUGGGCUCUUGGCUUCGAAGGAUGCGAGCAGAAUAGAUGAAUGGGAGAUGAUUCAACACAGUCUUGGGGGUGAAUUAGAAGGAACAAAGGAUUAUCUAAUACAAUGCCAGAGGCUGAUUCUAUUAUGGAUUGCUGAAAGAUUUGUAGAAUGGAGAGAAGGAAUGAGUAUUGAAGAUGUGGCCCGGGGUCAUCUCGGUGAACUCAUCAGCAGAAGCCUAAUUCAAGUAACUGAAGUGUUUUAUGAAGGAUUGCCCAACAAUUGUCGAAUCCAUGACUUAAUGAGGGAAGUUAUUCUCAUCAAGUCAAGGGAACAAAACAUGGUGACAGUUACUACUGGACAACCAAUGACGUGGCCAUCUGAGAAGGUACGCCGUCUAGCAAUCCAUAUUAGUUCCACCAACCCAUUACUAUCCAAAACUUUCCUAUCUGAAGUUCUAAGGAGCAGCAAGCUGCUAAAGGUUUUGGAUUUGACUGAUGAAGAGAUAGAGGAAACACCAAAUGAGAUUUUCAACUUGUUGCAUCUCACAUACCUGAGCCUAUAUGGUACAAAAGUGGAAAGAGUCCCGAGAGCCAUUGGAAAGCUUCAACAUUUGGAAUAUCUGAAUUUGGGGAACACUGGAGUUAGGGAAUUACCCGUGGAAAUCCUAAAGCUGCUAAAGCUUCGGUAUCUCAUAGUAUUCAAAGCAGUUGAUCCCUCAGAUGAAGAUUUUGGAUUUCAUGGGUUUAAAGGUCCGUCAAAAUUGGGAGGGCUUCUCGCUCUACAAAGCCUUCGGGAAUUAAGUGUUGCUUCAGUUGGAAAAGGUGAUGAUUAUGGGAUAAUUGAUCUAAAUCAUCAUCAACAUUCUCUUUCUUCUUCUUCUUCUUGUUCGUUUCUUCGAUCUCUUCGUAUGCUAAUUAUGCGUGGCCGCUUAGAAACGAUGCCAGUAUGGAUAACUCAUCUUCAAAACUUGGUAAAAAUAAUUAUGAACUGGAGCGGGUUAAGGGCUGAGGAGGAUCCACUUGAAUCCCUCCAACAUUUGCCCAAUUUGGAUGAAAUUAGUUUCUGUGGAUCUUACCAGGGAGAAAGGUUGUGUUUCAAGGCUGGAGGGUUCCUAAAGCUGAAACGGUUGUGGUUAAGGAGAAUGGAAGGGUUGAGAUGGAUGACAGUGGAGGAGGGUGUGUGCCCAAAUCUCCGAAGACUAUUUCUGGAGCAACUUCCAUUACUAGAGGACUUACCCUCGGGAAUUCAGCACUUGACCCAUCUUCAAGAGCUGGGUUUGUAUAAGUUGAGUUCUCGACUGAUGGAAAAGGUCGAGAAUCAGGAGGAAGACAGUGAAGAUUACAGAAGAAUGGCACACAUUCCUGAAAUUGUCAUUGGUUUUUAUACAGAUGAUGGUGGAUGGAGUAUCCGCCGGCUAUGGGGGAAGCAGAAGGAAACAAUUCUUGCCUAG